UUGUGGAAGAUCGGAGCCGCUCUGUUUACCAGUUGUGUGUGUCUGUGUGUGGUGUUUGUGUGUGUCUGUGUGUGGUGUUUGUGUGUGUCUGUGUGUGGUGUUUGUGUGUGUCUGUGUGUGGUGUUUGUGUGUGUCUGUGUGUGGUGUUUGUGUGGUGUUUGUGUGUGUAUCUGUGUGUGGUGUUUGUGUGUGUAUCUGUGUGUGUCUGUGUGUGUCUGUGUGUGGUGUUUGUGUGUGUCUGUGUGUAUCUGUGUGCGGUGUUUGUGUGUGUGUGUGUGUGUGUGGUGUUUGUGUGUGUGUCUGUGUGUAUCUGUCUGCGGUGUUUGUGUGUGUCUGUGUGUAUCUGUGUGUGGUGUUUGUGUGUGUCUGUGUGUAUCUGUGUGCGGUGUUUGUGUGUGUGUGUGUGUGGUGUUUGUGUGUGUAUCUGUGUGUAUCUGUGUGUGGUGUUUGUGUGUGUCUGUGGGUAUCUGUGUGUGGUGUGUGUGUGUGUGUCUGUGUGUAUCUGUGUGUGUGUGUGUGUGUAUCUGUGUGUGGUGUGUGUGUGUGUGUGUGUCUGUGUGUAUCUGUGUGUGAUGUUUGUGUGUGUGUUUGUGUGUAUCUGUGUGUAGAUCGGAGCCUCUCUGUUUGCCAGUAGCGAGGGCUCUGGUCUGUUCAUCGGUCUGGCUGGAACAGGAGCUGCUGGAGGCAUCGCUGUAGCUGGCUUCGAAUGGAACGCCACCUAUGUGUUGCUGGCAUUGGCUUGGGUGUUUGUACCAGUCUAUGUGUCUUCAGGGAUCGUGACCAUGCCGGAGUACCUGGGUCGUCGGUUCGGAGGGGAGAGGAUCAGAACCUACCUGUCUGUUCUCUCUCUGAUGCUGUCUGUCUUCACCAAGAUAUCAACAGACCUGUACUCAGGGGCGUUGUUUGUCCAGGUGUGUUUAGGAUGGAACCUGUACCUGUCUACCGUCCUCAUGCUGGUGGUCACUGCCCUCUACACUAUAGCAGGUGGUCUGGCUGCUGUCAUCUAUACAGACACUCUGCAGACCUUCGUCAUGAUUAUAGGAGCAAUCAUCCUCACCAUCACAGCGUUCAACAAGAUUGGAGGCUACAGUAACUUGGAGAGAGUUUACCAGGCAGCCAUCCCUUCUAAGAUCAUCCCCAACAGUAGCUGUCACCUGCCCAGAGAGGACGCAAUGCACCUGUUUAGACACCCGGUUACUGGAGACCUGCCCUGGCCUGGCAUGACCCUGGGACUGACUAUACUGGCCACCUGGUACUGGUGUACUGAUCAGGUCAUCGUGCAGAGGUCCCUGUCAGCUAAGAACCUGUCUCAUGCCAAAGGAGCUUCUAUCCUGGCGUCCUACCUCAAGAUGUUACCCUUCAUAUUCAUCAUACUUCCAGGCAUGAUCAGCAGAGCUCUGUACCCAGACUCGGUGGGGUGUGUGGACCCAGAAGAGUGUGUGAGGGUGUGUGGAGCGGAGGUGGGCUGCUCCAACAUCGCCUUCCCCAAACUGGUCAUCGAACUCAUGCCUAGCGGUCUGCGGGGGCUGAUGAUAGCAGUGAUGAUGGCGGCUCUGAUGUCAUCGUUGACCUCUAUCUUUAACUCCUCCUCCACGCUCUUCACCAUGGACAUCUGGAAGAAGUACCGCACGUACGCCUCGGAACGGGAGCUGCUAUUGGUCGGCAGGAUAGUAACAGUGAUUCUGGUGGUGAUAAGCGUGGUGUGGAUUCCAAUCCUGCAGUCAGCCAAUAGCGGACAGCUCUACGUUUACAUCCAAUCAGUGACCAGUUACCUGGCUCCACCCGUUACCGCUGUCUUCUCAUUGGCUAUCUUCUGGACCAGAACCAACGAGCAGGGAGCGUUCUGGGGUCUGAUGGUGGGGCUGGUGGUCGGUGUGUGUCGGAUGGUUCUAGAAUUUGCUUUCCCGCCUCCUCGUUGUGGUAUCCAAGACGACGCCCCGUCCGUCCUGCGCUCCGUUCACUACCUUCACUUCGCCAUCAUCCUCUGCUUCCUGUCUGCUGCCGUUGUCAUGGUGAUAUCACUGCUGACUCCGCCCCCCACUGAAGAGCAGGUGCGUAACCUGACGUGGUGGACUUUGACUCAGGAGGAAGAGGGAGAAAUACCACUCCAGAAAGUCUCCUCUAUCAGCCACCGAGAGCAGAGACCCCAGGUCCACGGUUCUGCUCCGGUGCGGAGGGCGGUCUGCGGCCGCGGGGCGGGGCUCUGCAGCUCAGCGGAGGGGCCAGCAGAGGAGGUUCCGUUACCCAGAAUCCCCAGCGUUAGAGAGAGUGUGUUUUGGUCUCGCUUCUGCUGCGUCAAUGCCAUUCUGCUGAUCUGUGUUAAUAUAUUCCUCUACGCUUACUUCGCCUGACCUCUGACCUCUAACUGCUGUCCCAGUAGGAUACUUCCUGUGGGUGUUUCCAUCUCUAUGUAAAUCAAUGUUCUUAUGGUUCUAGAAGAUGUAUCGUUCUAGAAUGUUACGGACCUGUGAUGUCACAGUGGGUAGGGUCAUAUUUAGUGUAUUGUAUAUGGACCUCUGAUUGGUCAAUAUUGUGUCCUUGUGUAAAUGAGAUUCAUGAAUAAACACGUGGCCACGUCUUGUAAUCUA